CGCAACCGCAACCCCAAACCCCAAUCUUCCGCUUCUAGACUCAUACCAGCUAUAUGACUAAUUUAGAGGUACGUAUCUCUGACAAAAUGCCCAUACAAUUCAUACAUGUCCCGGAGAUAUUGGAGUCUAUUAUCGGAGAAAAUUGUUUCACCGCACGUUUACCUAGCAAUAAUCAAAUUGCGUUCAUUUGAUGCAAAUCAACGUGACAAUCAGAUAAUUCUUGUGCAGAUAUAUAUUUUUCAUGCCUGUUGUAUUCCAUAAAUGUACAAUGCUAGUCUCCAGGCAUGCUUCACUCCUGAAAAUCGAAUAUAGAUGUACCACCGAAUCGAAUGCAGAUCGGCGACAUUCCGAACAUUCCUUUGUUUAUACGCUCAAAAUCACAAUAUUUUAGAUAUGUUAUUUUCUUUCUGUGUAGUUUGCUUCACUGAAGCUUAAUUCUUUUACGUUAAAGUGCUUUCAUGAGCAGGGUCGUGGAUGAAUUACGACUGCGAGUCUUACUUCUUGACUGUGUUGGUAUUGUGUUGUGCUGGUCAGAAGGAGCCGUGGUGGAAAGAAGCAAGAGGAAGGCCUAAUGUCAGACAAGACAAGACAGCGUUAUCCCUUCCACGCCAAUUGCUUUUGAGACCCUACAGACGCCGAAUUUCAGUUUUUGGUUUUGGCUAGCAGUCACUCUGGAACGCCGUGGACGACGCAUGCAGUACCAAGACUUUGAAAAGGGAAAAGAAGAACUGUGAAUGGGGACACUUCAGAGGCUAGGUCGCCCCUGUUCAAAAUAAACAAUUGGUCCAUGACUCAUGAUGGAUAGAGUUGUGAGUGGUCAUCUUCUCCACAUUGUACUUCUGCGCCUAGUGCGAAUGUGACAUACCCUCCAGAGCAAGAUUAUAACAAAGUCAAAAUGGAGUCCUUUGUUCAUCAGAUGAGUGGUAUGCAAUUAAAAGAUGAUGGUGCUUCUGUUGGUCCAGCUACUGCUUUGCAUUUACCAGAGUCUGGUUAUGGAUGUAUCAUCCAGCGGACUGUUGAUCAACAAGGAAGAUCUUUUUCUAGCAGUGCUGUGUCGUGUUCCGAGGCAGGACUUUCAGGACUGUCAUUAAAUCAUCUAACUUCAUCUCGUUCCCUUCCUGUUAAUACCCCUAUUAGUUCUUUGGCUGGAGAUAAUAAUGCAAUUUACCGUAAACAUGAUGCUCGUAAACAUGUUGGUGCCAUUGAAAGCUUUGCAAUUGAAAAUUGCUCUCAUACACCUCAACCUCAAAUUGAUUACAAAUUAUAUGAACGUGGGAACAUAAUAGCAGCAUCCAAGUAUGCUAAGCCUACCCCGAAGAUGAUGGAGUCUGUUUUACCGUUACCUUCUAAAAUGACUGAUAAGCUUCCAUUGGGGCAACCACCGUACCGUCCUGGCAACUUGUCAGACUCAAGCAAAUAUUAUGCUGGGGCAGGAGGUAGCCCAACUCAUAGCAUAAGCCUAAGUGUUUCAAGCAAAGACUCAGUUCAAUCCAACAGCCCUCGGGCCAGCAUAUCUGGUGGUCUCUAUGAAAGUGUCAGUGCCAAAGGAAGCAUGAGCGUCGCAUGCCCAGUCUAUGAAAAUUUAGACAUGUAUGCGAACAAGUCUUCUACCAACCAUUACUAUCAACAUUCAUCUACUGAUAGUGGCAGUGGUGGAUUGCCAAGUUAUGAAUCCAGCUACCAUAAGGCACAACCACAGGUUCCUGCUGGAGUGAAAUACAAUCCUCCAAACAAGUACCCACCAUAUGAAGCACCCCCUGUGUAUGAAAAUAUUCAAAAUUUUCAUCAGCAUCCUCAAGGCUCUACCUCACAUUCCCGCAACUACUCUCCGAGCAGAGCAGCUCCACAAGUUGCCUCGCCUUCGCUUUCUGAUGGUAGACAGACAGCACUCCCAGUCGUUUCACCCAACCACACUCAACCACAUCAUUGUACUUACUAUCCACCCUCUGUAUCGUCUAAAACUAUUUCAUCACAACCUCCACUGAAUUAUCCAAACAGCAAUCAUAGCAACAGUGGAAUGUUACCACCACCUCCCCCUUACAACAAUGGUGCAGCCCAAUCCUAUAUGAAUUCAUCAAUCUCAAACGGGUAUGGCUCCCCUCGCCAUCAAAACCAUCUAUAUGCUCCAGUAUCAUCACGGCUAAUUCCAGGAUCGGUUGGAACUAUGGGAACAGUUUCAACACUAAGUGGCAGUGGGGACUAUGUUGUGAUGUCAGGUGUUGCUAAUGCAAUCAGUUAUCAGAGAACAGCCACUUCUGGAGUUGCAAGUGUUCCCAGUUUGAAUGAUCCACCACACAGAAGUGAAGGAAGCAGUAGCAACAAUAGUAGCCCUUGUCCCAGUCCUCUGGCUCACCAAACACAACCACCUCCAUUGCCACCUCAACCUCCACCCAGUCAUCAUCUUUCUCAUUGCCUUAGCAAAGUGAAACCUAUUGCAGGAUCUGGCAAGAAUUUACUUCCCUAUAAUGUUACUCCUCCUCGGCCAAUGGGCCCUACUGAAGCUGAGCGAAAAAUUGAAGAAUUGACCAGGCAAUUGGAAGAAGAAAUGGAGAAACAGGAAGAAGAGGGAGAAUACUUUGGUAUUUGCCAUACAUGUGGAGAAAAAGUGACGGGUGCCGGGCAGGCAUGCCAAGCAAUGGGAAACCUUUACCAUACAAAUUGUUUUAUAUGCUGCUCUUGUGGUCGAGCCCUUCGAGGGAAAGCAUUUUACAAUGUGCAUGGCCGAGUAUAUUGUGAAGAAGACUAUAUGUAUUCUGGCUUCCAGCAGACAGCCGAGAAGUGUGCAAUUUGUGGGCAUCUUAUCAUGGAAAUGAUACUGCAAGCCAUGGGUAAAUCAUACCAUCCAGGAUGCUUCCGUUGCUGCAUUUGCAAUGAAUGUUUGGAUGGGGUUCCUUUCACUGUUGAUGUUGACAACAAAAUAUAUUGUGUCAACGAUUAUCACAGGAUGUUUGCGCCAAAAUGUGCUGCUUGUGGUAAAGGAAUUACGCCAGUUGAGGGCACUGAAGAAACUGUUCGAGUAGUGUCCAUGGAUAAAGACUUUCAUGUUGAUUGUUAUAUUUGUGAGGAUUGUGGUCUUCAGCUCACCGAUGAACCUGAUCAACGCUGCUAUCCUCUAGAUGGUCAUCUUAUGUGUCGGUCAUGUCAUAUUCAGCGUUUAAACCAUCUCCCUCGCCAGUUCCAAGUACCUGGUGUUCCUGCAAGUUAUCAGUACUUGGGCUGAAGAAAGGAUGGUGUAAUUGAACUAUGCCUCUGCACAUCCUGAAUGCAUGGGAAACAGAUGAUCAAUCGAAUUGCAAUUGGUUAGAAUUGCUGCCAUUCUACUGCAUUCUCGAAACCAGUUGUGAUAAAAUAGCAUUUGUUGUAAUAAUGGUGCUCCAUCCUCUGCAUUAUAUUUAUGAAUACUGGAUUGGCUCCAAUUCAGUUUUUGUUCGUUUUUUGCUUUCACCUCUCUUUGUUUCCUCUUUUGUUCUUGGGACCUGAUUUGGUUGUUUUGUUUCCUGGCAAAACAGCAUUGUGAUGGGUUUGUUUAUGUCUUUUAAAUAUUUGCAUAUUGAUUGAAUUCUCUUUUAUUGGUAUGAAGUUGUUUGAGUUUUAGCGACCAAUUUCAUCCAUGGUAUUUUAUUUUUAUUUUAUUCUUUCCAAAUAAUGCUAGCUUCACUGUAAAUCUAAUGUUGCAUCAUGGGGAUUUUGACAUGUAUUAUAUGAUUAAAUGUUAUUUAUUAUAUAUAUAUUUGCGCAUGUGAAGGAGUAAGAACUGUUAAUACAUUUCCAUUUCUUAGUAUCUUAAGAAGUAAUUUUAAUAUCUAUCUGUAAAACUUGAAUCAGAUUUUAUCAGUCAUUUUGAUCAUGGAUAUGAAGAAGACUUUGGUGCUUUGAUUGGUGCCAAUUUUAUUAGAGCUUUACUGCAUUGAAUUGCACCUAAGAUAUUUUUUUUUUUCAUUGUGAUCUAUAACUCAGGUUGAAACUCUCAUAAUAUCUAUCUGGUAAGCCUAACGAAUGACAAAUCUUAUGCUUAGGGACUGACCAUAAAUCAAUUGAUUUUAUCUCUGAAAAUAUCAAGAGUGGAACAUUCGUAUUGCUUAUUGCGCAUGAAAAGUUAUGGUAGUUCAACAUUGACUCCUUAGCUAUCAGGUCUGUGAUCUGUUUUCUGAUUGCGUAUUUUAGUUGUGCCAUGAUGUAUUUGGCUUCCUUUGUGUUAUUAAUGGGCUUUUCUUUUAUGUUCUAUUUCUGAUUCCACUGUCAUUGUCAUUGUUAGUGGUUUUCACCAAGUUCACAGUCAAGUCAAGUAUACUACAGCACUACUUACUUUGUCAAACCCAAGUAAGAAAACUGUUAUGAUGUUAUUUACUGUACAUAAACUCUUAUUGAGUUUAAUCCAGUUGUCUUCUUGCAAUUCACUGCUUUAUUAUUUCUUAAAAAAUACAAUUUUCUGUGAUGUUAUAUUUUCCCUGUGCUUGGAAUUUUUCCUUUCAAAGAAAUAUUUAUGUUUUUCUUAUCCAGUUUAGCUUUGGUGUACUAUCUUUUUCUUCUGUGGAUACAAUUUCUAUUUUCUAUGUGUCUUUUUCUUUUUUAAUCAAAAGGAAAUUUAACUAUCAACUGUCAGAUUCAAUUUGUGUGUGUGAAGCUUUCCUAUGUUUAUUGGUCAGAUUGCAACUAAAGAUUUUGGAACUGUUGCUUUUCUAUCUAAUUAUUGUUUUAAGAACCUUUAUUUGGUGGUUAUCCCAAUACUCUAUCUAAUGUAUCCGAUGCUCAUUGAAUAAAAUUUAUGAAAUGUGUAUGUCACACACUGCAUGAUUAGGACUUUAAUUAUGUCGGAUUUUAUGUGUAGCAAUUUUGAAGUCAUAGAGCUACUGUAAUUGUUGAUAUGGUUCUACAUUUGUAAAAUCUCUUUGUCUCUUUAUCUUGAUAAAUGAAUCUGCUUCUAGAUGUUAGAAAUCAUUGUAUAUUGCAUUUUAUUACAUGUCGGUGCAGUAGCACCUGCGACUAACUAGUAUGUAGCUGGUUCUGCAUUUAUAUUUAAUUCUAGAUUUAUUAAUAUGAAAUUGAUUCAGAAAUUGUGCCAGUCAACAUUUCACUUUUAAGAAUGCCUCUUUUCUUGAAGAUUUUGUCUGUUAUGUUCCUACAAAGUACUAAGUGACAUGGCACCAUCUAUUAUAUCCAUCCCAGUUUUAUCAUCUCUUUCGGUUUAGAUAUGGCACUCUACGGGAAACAUCUGGAGGGUCCCCUGUCUAGAGGGUCCCCCUGAAUAUUUUA